UCCACAGGACAGCAUUCAAUCGAGAGAUUUCGAGAAGAACACACAGCAUAACCACAGCGCAUCAUACCAUAUCAUAAUGGAGCACCAUCAGAUCUAUCGCCACAAAAAGUUCGACAUGGUUCGAAAGAUCGAGAAUUGCGAUUUGCAGCUGAAGGAAGAGCUAAUCUCCCGCAGCGGCACACCCUGCACCAGUCGGAGUCCUUUCGAUGAGGCAAAUCACUCCAUCAGCUUGGAAUUCAGUGAUCACGAUGCUGACUUUAGUCCACUGCCAAAGCGUCGCCGUUUGGGAUCCUCAUCCUCGAGCGUUUCCUACCAAUCCGCCAGUCCCAUCAUUACCGAGGCCAUCCAAGGCAUCUUCAAGUACCACGUCAAUAUGGUGCGAAAAUUCCCGAAGAAGGAGCGUUCGCCGAAGGAUCAGGAGCGCCGCAACAAGAACACCAUUGCCUGCAGGAUGAGUCGGCGGAAGAAGAAGUUCGAUGACCUGCAGAUCGAACAGCAGUACAAGGAGUGCUCCGAUGAGCACCUCAAGAUCGCCGAGCAGAGUCUGCGCGCCAGGGUCUAUUUGAAUCAUCUCAAGCAGCUGGUCAAGCAGGAAGACCACCCGCUGGUCUCCUCCAGGAGAGUUCCGGAGGAGAAUACCAAGAGUAACUUUAGCAUCGACUACCUGAUCGGUGGCAUUAAGCAGGAGCAUGCUUAGACACGCCCACCUCCUUUCAGGAUUGUAUUAUAUAGUUAAGUAUUACCUUAAUGCUAAGUUGUUAAGUUUCUUCAAGAACUUUUAAUACUAGGAAAUUUUGUAUGUAUUUAGUAUAAAUGCCUUAAAAGGCUAAGCAGGAACUUCUUAAUAAAUAAUAU